AUGCCACCUAAAAAGGCAUUACUUUACUGUCUACUCCACGGGGAGCCAGUAAAGUCUUGUUUUGGGAUUAAAUAUGAUAAGAAUACGACCAUUGACGAGUUAAGAAAAGUCAUAUGGAAGCAAGAAGUUGAGGGUCGUGGACAUGUAAAACCAAGAAACCUCGAUUUAUAUCAAUUGUUGUAUCCUACUAAUAACGUUGAAGAAAAAUUUCCCGCACCUGCUAAUGACCAUAUUCACAUUAUCAUCGAUGUGCCUGUUGUUGCUAAGGCAACUUUGGAAACUACAGAAGGAGAAUUAUCAUAUAAGUGGGCGAUUGAACAAAUCGCUAAUAUUCUUGAUAGGCAAACGAAAAGACUAAAAGUCUCACUCUCAAAUAUGAACCAAACAUAUUUGGAUGAGUUACUUAACCACUUUAAUUUUCGUCGAGGUACAAGUGCUAUCAUUGUGAAUUCAACAAAUAAGAAUUUUGAUAAACAAUUCGUGGACAAUAUCUCUAUUUCUUUAACACUUGUCUGGUAUGAUUCAAAGUCUAAGAAAGAUCUUUUGAAUGUCAACAUUGCCUCGCUUCCAUACAACAUAAGUGGGACAACAGAUGUGUUGGUCAUAGAUGAAAGCUUUUACAGUAUUUAUAAUUAUCAUGGUAGAAUCCGGGCUGGAUUCGUGUUAAAGAAAACGGUUCAAGAUCCUGAUAUUAAUCAAGCCAUUGCAGAGCUUAUCGUGGCAAAUAUUCAUUCAAAUUAUGCCGUUUUCUUAGUUCUUACUGAUUUAAAUAAUAAUUGGGUAUUCUAUUGGUUUUCAAAUGAUAAAACAAUUAUGAUGUUUCGAGCCACCAAUUCAAGUAACGCUUUUGACAUUAUUGAGAGAGCACUUACUAAAGAUUCCACUUCUAUGACCAUUGACCCUAAUUUUCCUAUUGGGGUGAGAAUUAACUGUUUUCAUCAUUUGGAAAAUUUACAAGGAGGAGCAUCGGAAAAUAAGAUGGAGAGUUUGGACCUAUUUUUUAAUAGGCCUAAAGUCCAAUUCGAAUUUGAGUUGGAUGUCGCGAACAUGAAAGAUAUGUUUGAUGAGAUGACUGAAGAGGAGAUAAAGGAUUGGAAA